CAUCAACUUUUAUUUUACCUAUCCAAAUCACCCACACUUGCAUAGUCCCAUGGCACCUCAUCACUACCUACAGAAUAUCAAAACUUUGCAGCAUCCCAUUGCACGGUUUCAUGAAUCAAAUAUGGUGGAAUAUCAGCAGAAACAAUUGGAAAUGAUGAGUCACUUGUUUGAUCAAGUUAAAGAAGACAGUUUAAAAGGACUGGUGCUAAUUGAUACCAUGCAGCGCUUUGGUAUCGAUCACUACUUUGAAGAUCAAAUCCAUGAAAGUCUGAAGCAACAAUUCCAAGAUUCUCAAACUCUUGUUUAUACCAAUGAAGAUGAGCUUUACGCAGUUUCACUUCGUUUUCGAUUGUUAAGGCAACAAGGUUUCCACGUCCCUGCAGAUGUGUUCAACAGCUUCAAAGGUGAGAAUAUGAAGUUUAAGGAUGAAUUAUCGGAGAACAUAAGGGGACUCAUGGCUUUGCAUGAAGCCUCACAUCUGUCCAUAGAAGACGAAGACAUCCUAGAUGAGGCGUCUAUAUUUACUACCCAUUUUCUCACGGAGAAAUUGUCACAUCUUGAUGAUCGCCAUAGCUUGAUGGUUCAAAACGCUAUGCACUAUCCCUGUCACAAAAGCUUGGCUCGGUUCACAACAAUGAACUACAUUAAAAAUCACGACCUCAAAAAAGAUUGGGAGAAGCUCCUAGCUGAUUUAGCAAUAAUGGAUUUCAACUUGAUGCAAUAUAUAUACCAUGAAGAAAUCCUUCAAGUUUUCAAAUGGUGGAGAGGGCUUGGUGUAUCCGAAGAGUUGAAGCUAGCUAGGAAUCAACCACUGAAAUGGUACAUUUGGUCAAUGGCUGUGGUCACGGAUCCAUGUUUGUCUAAGCAGAGGAUAGAGAUAACCAAGCCAAUCUCCCUUGUUUAUUUGGUGGAUGACAUUUUUGAUAUUUAUGGUACUCUGGAUGAACUUAUUCUUUUCACAGAAGUAAUCAAUAGAUGGGAAUUUUCCGCAACCGAUAAGUUACCAAGUUACAUGAAAAUGUGUCUCAAGGUAAUUCAUGACACCACACAUGAGAUCAACAACGUAGUUUACCAAGAGUUUGGUUGGUGUCCUAUGGACUAUUUGAAAGAAGCGUGGGCAAAUUUGUGCAAUGCAUUUCUAACGGAAGCAAAAUGGUUUGCUUCUGGGGAUUCACCAAAGGCGGAGGAGUACUUAAAAAAUGGGAUUAUAAGCUCAGGAGUACCCAUGGUCCUCACCAAUCUCUUCUUUCUCUUGGGCUAUGGUGAGUCCACUGGAACCACAGAUAUUGAGGGCAUUAUAUCUUCAGUAGCUGCAAUUCUUCGCCUCCUAGAUGACCUAGGAACUGCAAAGGAUGAGGAACAAGAAGGAAAAGAUGGAUCUUACAUGGAGUACUACAUUAAAGAGCAACAAGAUUGGUCAUUAGGUGAUGGAAGACAACAUGUUAUGGAUAUGGUUUCCCAGCAGUGGAAGCUAAUAAACAAGCAUUGCCUCUCUCCAACCCCUAUUCCUAAACCUUUCCGAACAGCUUGUCUAAAUGCAGCGAGAUUGGUUCCAAUGAUGUACACUUACAACGACAAGCAUCGCCUUCCUGUCCUUGAAGAGCAUGUGAAGUUCAUGUUUUCCAACAUCAUGGAAGACUUAAUGUGGUGAAAAUGAUGUUAUAUAUUAUUGUUUGUUUGUA